GUGAUUUCUAUUCACUCCUUUCCAAGCUACUAGGAGAAAGGGAAGAUGUUAUGCAUGUGCAUAAGCAUAACCCUACAGAAAAGGCAGAAUCAGAUCUCGUAGCUGAGAUUACUAAUGUAGUUCAAAAGAAGGAUCUUCCCAGAGAGAUCACAAAUCAUGAUGAGAGGGACAAUACUAUUCUUGUCAGAGACAGAAUUCACAAAUUUCACAGACUAGAGUCUACCUUGAGGCCGCCAGAGAACAGAUAUUUCUCUUUACAACAGCCUAAACAUGGUGAGGGAAGCUGGGAAAACGAACAUACAGGAGAUUUCCACAUAGAAGAGGCUAUGGAGUGGCCUGGGUUAGACCUCAAACUAGGACAAGUUUCUGGGUUGGCUCUGGACCCUGAAAAUAACCUAGUUAUCUUCCACAGAGGUGAUCAUGUUUGGGAUGAGAAUUCUUUUGACAGCAAAUUUGUUUAUCAGCAAAGAGGACUUGGACCAAUUGAACAGAAUACAAUUCUUGUCCUGAAUCCAAGUAAUGCAAAACUGCUUCAUUCCAUGGGCAAAAGUCUAUUUUAUUUACCACAUGGGUUGAGUAUAGAUAAAAAUGGUAACUACUGGGUCACUGAUGUAGCUCUCCAUCAGGUUUUCAAACUGGGAGCAGAUGACAAAGAACCAUUACUGACCUUAGGAGUGGCUUUGCAACCAGGCAGUGACAAAAACCACUUCUGUCAACCAACUGAUGUGGCCGUGGAUCCAAUAACUGGCAGCAUUUAUGUCUCUGAUGGCUACUGUAACAGCCGAAUCAUUCAGUUUUCUGCAAAUGGAUUGUAUGUGAUGCAGUGGGGAGAAGAGACUUCUUUAUACAGAGCCAGACCUGGACAGUUUCAUAUCCCUCACAGCUUAGCCCUGAUCCCUGACUUCAGUCAGCUAUGUGUUGCAGACAGGGAAAAUGGUCGAAUUCAGUGCUUCAGGUUAGAGACUGGGGAGUUCAUGAGAGAGUUCAAGCACAAAUCAUUUGGAAGAGAAUUGUUUGCAGUUUCAUAUAUUCCAGGUGGUCUCCUCUUUGCAGUUAAUGGAAUGCCUUAUCCUGGAGAGGCAGAACCAUUGCAAGGAUUUGUGAUGAACUUCUCUACUGGAGAAAUAAUAGAUACUUUCAUUCCGCUUAGAAAGAACUUUGAGAUGCCACAUGAUGUUGUUGCUUCAGAAGAUAAAACAGUAUUUGUUGGAGAUGUUCAUGCCAGAGCAGUGUGGAAGUUUGCAUCCACAGAAAAAACUGAACAUCGGUCAGUUAAAAAGGCUGGUAUUGAGGUACAGGAAAUAAAAGAAUCAGAAGCAAUUGUAGAAGCCAGACUGAAAAACAACCCAGAAUCAACAGACCCUCUAAAGAAGCAGGAAAAACAACAUUUGGUCCAACAGGCCAGCACUGGAGUUUCCUUUGUUCUUAUUACAACUCUUCUUAUUAUCCCUAUUGUCAUCCUGCUGGCAAUUUUAGUAUUUAUUCGGUGGAGGAAGACAACUGUCUGUGGAGCUGAUGGGGAACACAAACUCGAUUCAAGUUCAGGCAGAAUAUUAGGCAGACUUAGAGGGAAAGGUGGUGGUGGCCUUAACCUUGGGAACUUCUUUGCAAGUCACAAAGGCUACAGCCGAAAAGGGUUUGACCGAUUGAGCACUGAAGGAAGUGAUCAAGAAAAAGAUGAAGAUGAUGGCACAGAUUCAGAGGAAGGGUGUUCAGCACCUCCACCAGCACCUUCAUCAUCCUGAAAACAGCCUUUGAGUUCUCCAUUAUACAAUUUAACCCAGAAUGUCAGAUUCCUUUUCCCUUAAGCACGUUUAAGAUUUUGUGUAUUUAAUUGUAAACUGUACUAGUCUGUGUGGGGCCGUUACACUGGUUCCUUUAAUUUUUUGUUUGGUUUUAGUUCUGUUAAGUGGAGGAGUGUAUGGAAGUUCCAUAUCAGUGCCAUUGUUUUUUAUGUGAACAUCUUAAUAAAGCAACCAGUCUUCUAAUUGCAGCACUGAUUUAAAGCAGUAAUAUUUUCUCAUCUCAAAUUGGGGAUCUUGUAAAUAAGUCUUACUAUAUGCUUCAUCAAAAUACUGUUCCCAUAAAUAUUCAGUUGCCAAUUUCUGUUUUGUGCCUUUCCUCUUCAAUGUCCUUAACUUGUUGCAGUACAGAGAAGAUACAGUGCCACAAGAAAAUGAAGCUGCUAAAUCUUCUUCUAUUUUUUUAAAAUCACUAACAUUAUAUUGCAUUGAAGGAAAGAAAAAAGCCUCUAUUUAAUUUUUUUUUCUUCUUCCUAACUUGAUGUGUUUCUGGGAUGUCUUAUUUUUAGAUGGUAUCACUGUUAGAACACUAUUUUCAGAAGCUGAAUGUAAUUUGUGUAAUAAAGUAUUUGCAGAGCA